UUGACUUCAAAACGGUAGUUAGUCGACUCCUGCCGCAUAUACUAACUACGGUACGGUCGUACGCCUCAUGCCAAGGUUCCAGUCGACUUGCCCGUCAACCAAGUAGCCAACAAGCUGUCGGUUCGAUGGCAAAACCCAUGGAAACGACGUCGUUAGAUCUUUUGCUUGGACUUCGUCAAGGUCGAGCUCGUCUAUAGACGAGGCAGGUUGUCAUUACGAAAUAAAUGGACGGGCAGAUGCUUGCACCCACCAUUGCAAGCCACCGAUCCUCGCUCGACGACACUCGAGGUCCUCCCGGAGAGCUUCCGCGGAAUGGACGUGCAGAGCCACGCGCCGCCGCCGUUUGCAUUAUCGUGGGCGUGCUCAUGUAUCCUUCAGUGGCGAUCGACAGCUGCAAUCGAGUGCAAGCGUUGGCCCUUUCCCCGACAACUCACAGAGGUGGAGCACGCUGACGUCCCUGCAGCCUGGAUGUCGGUGUUGCUGAAACGGUUACGAAGAACGAAUGGACGCUGUGGCCACCGACAAGUACCCGCCCCGCUCAAGGUUGCCGUCCGUGCGCCCGCAGCAGUGCAACAAGACGGAGGAUGGCAUCGACGACUUGACCGCUCGCACCGUGGCGCAGCAGCUAUUGAGCGAUACCCGCGCGGCGCCGGCACCGUCGCUCGUGACGCUGAUGGCUCAGCGCUUGCGGGCAGUCGAGGUGCAGCUCGUCCAACUUCGCGCCGAGGUGGCGCAGAAGCAAGCCACCAUCGACUCGCUGCAUGCCCAGCUGCAGUCCAACAACGCCAACUGCGGCGGUGUCGAGACCGACGGGGAGCUCCGCCUCCUACGACACGAGGUGCAAGCCAUGCACGCUUUUCUUGCCGACUACGGCCUUGAGUGGGUUGGCACCACUCCUUCUCUCGAGCUCGACGACGCCCAACCGCACCUCGUCGACGAGCUUAUUGCACAAGUCGAGCGCCUCAACGCAGCGGCGAGCAGCCUCAUUGUGGUCAAGGCCCCGGGGGAGUCGCAGGUCCACCACCUCACGGAGCGCGAGAGUCUGCGCAUGGUCAUCUACCGCGACGGUCUUGUGCUCAAGCGGGGGCCCUUUCGUCCAUACAGUGACGUGGCGACUCAAGAGUUGAUUCAAGACCUACUGGACGGCUACUACCCGUUCGAGUUGAAAGAGAUGUACCCUGAUGGCGUUCGAUUUGAUCUUGUCGACGAGCGCCACUCGACCUUUGCGACAACGCAGAGUCCAACGUACCGCUCGCUUGCGUCCGUAGGCGCCGCAACGAUGCAACUGCCCACCUUUUUGAAUGCACUCCCCGUGUCUGUCAUUCACAAAGGCUCGAUCGUACCGAUUCGUUGCGAGAUCGCCGACCUCCUCCACCCUCGCUCGUCGGCGACAGAAGCGCGUGUGAAGACGCUCUCGCCUGAUGGCGUCGCGCAGCUCCAGAUUCGGUCGCCCGACCACACCGUCGUGCUCCAGAUCCCACAUGACACCACGUUGCGGGAUGUCAAGGCCGAGAUUGCGGCACUGUGGGGCUAUUCACCUCCAGCUUUUCAGCUCGCUUCGGCCUUUCCGCCUCGCACGUACGACAACGAGUCGCGCACGCUUCGCGACGAAGGCUUGUUGCCCCGAGCGACGUUGCACGUUCGGUUCGUCUAAACGUUUGGUGCAAGUGUUGCGCAUGCCACUGCAGUCUGAGCUCUCACGCAGCCUUUUACACGUCCCGACAACGUAGUCUAGAUAGCGAUAUCGUCGGAGACUAAGUGAGAAGAGGUCACCGAGAUCAUACGAGCGCACCUCGAUACACGGUGCGACUCAGAUCGCCUGCAAGAA